AUGGCUGAUCACGCUGUUCUUGCCGAUGUGAUCAGCUUGUUGGCAGAAAAAACUGACAUCAUCACACUGGAUAUUUGCACUUGUCUCCUGCCACUCCUGACAGGUCUUCUGGAAAGUGGCAUGGACAGGCAUCAAGGUGUUUCACUGGCAAUGCUGCUUAAGCUGGUGAGGGUAUUUGGUUCAGUAAUCUAUUCUUCUGUAACAGCGCCAUCUUCUGUUGGUGUGGAUAUUGAGGCAGAAGAAAGAUUGGAGCGUUGCAAUAUCUGUUUUAUUGAACUUGAAAAGGUCAAGCGUUGCCUGCCCGUCCUUACCAGAAGAGGGGGUUCUGUUGCUAAGUCUGCUCAGGAGCUGAAUCUUGCACUUCAAGAAGUUCAUUGA